AUGAAUCCACUGCCAGACAGAGAGGAGAAUCUUGCCGGGGAUCCACCCAAACCUUUGGAUCACUACAUACGCGAAGGCCUGAAAGAGCUGCAUGAGGAAGAGCUUCUGUGCGACACAACUAUCGUGGCUAAAGGGGAACGAUUUCCCUGUCACAGGAUACUCCUGGCGGCUAUCAACCCCUAUUUCCGAGCCAUGUUCUCCAACUCUUUCCGAGAAUGCCAGGAUGGCGAGGUGCUCCUGCAGGACAUGGACCCCUCCAUUAUUCAAGCGGUGGUGCAAUACUACUACACGGAAGAAAUCGUACUCACACUGGAGAUUGCCGAAGAUUUGUAUGAAGCAGCCAGCCGCCUCCAGAUCCUACCUCUGCUGGAAAGCUGUUCCAGCUACCUACUGGAGCACCUCUCUCCGGAGAACUGCCUGAGCAUCUACCAGCUGGGCUACUCUCACAACGACCCCGCGCUCUUCCAGGAGGCCAAGGGCCUGGUGCACGCCCACUUCAAGCGCCUGUCCCAGGAGACCCCCGCCUUCCUGGACCUUAACCCCAGCACCCUGGAGAGCAUCCUGGCUUCCGACAACCUGCUGGUCUCCUCGGAGCUGCUGGUCUACCGGGCCGCCUGGCGCUGGGUGCAGGCCCAGAGCGCCCUGCGCCUCCCCUUCCUGGCCCGCCUGCUGGCCCAGGUGCGCUUCCCGCUCCUCACCCCAGAGGAGCUGCGCCAGGUGCAGGCCGAGCUGCUGCAGCGGCCCAAGGAGCUGCGCCCACGCUGGCGGCGCCUGAGCCGGCAGGAGCGGCUGACCCGCUGUGGGGGGCUCCGGCGUGGCAUGUUCGACACCUGCAUCGUCUGCGUGGACCUCUUCAACCUGGAGGGCCCCGAGCUGCGCACCAAGGACUUCCAGGUGGGCUGCUACGACCCGCAGGCCGGCCGCUGGGAGAAGCUGCCGCUGCAGGAGCGCCUCUACUGCGCCCGCUGCGUGGCCUUGCGCGACCGCCUCUUCGUCACGGGUGGGGUGCGCACUGACGACUCCUACUCCAACGCGCUGCACGAGUACAGCCCGUUGCGGGGCCGCUGGAGCCGGCUGGCGCCCAUGUCGGUGGCGCGGGCCUCUCACGGCUUCCUCGCGUGGGGCGGCCGCCUCUUCGCGCUGGGUGGCUGGCGUGACUUCGAGGACUACCUGGACUCGGCUGAGAGCUACGACCUGGCCGAGGGACGCUGGGCACGUGUGGCCCGCCUGCCACUGCCGCUCAGCCACUUCGCAGCGGCUGCGCUACGGGGGCGCCUUUACCUGGUGGGUGGCGCAACUGAGGAGGUGGGUGCCUGGUAUGCGUCGCGCAAAGUGCUGAUCUACCAGGUGGGCGCCGACCAGUGGAGCCAGGCCUUCCUCAGCAGCGGCGGCUACUGGGCGGGCGCCGUGGCCAUGAGCGAGGGCAUCUACGUUGUGGGCGGCUAUUUCCGUGGACGCACCCGGCACCACCAGCCCACGCGUGACCGCCGGCCUGAGUCAGACGGGCUGCGCUGCACACGGCGCUGCUUCUUCCUGGGCGCCGACGGGCGUGUGGACCGGCGUGUGGCUGUGCCCCCUUUGCCUGUGGAGCUGGCCGGGGCCGGCGUGGUGCGCUGGAAGCAGCGCAUCUACGUGCUGGGCGGCGAGAACGUGGCGCUGGGCCGGGGCCGGCGGGCCGAGGGCGAGAGCGAGGAGGAGUACUACAACACUGUCUACUAUUGGGAGCCCGGCGCCCCCCGCUGGACCUGCUGCCAGGAGCGGCUGCCCUUCGCCAACUGGGGGGUGAGCGGCUUCGGCUGCGCUGCCGUCAAACUGCCCAAGAAGCCCAUCCUGGAGCUCUUCCGCAAGACCGCCGUGGCCCUGACCGGGCUGGAGGGGCCUGCCUGCUGA